UUUAAAAUAUUCAUCACUUAUUGUGCGAUACUGUGCCUCAGUGCAACACAAUUCAUCUUAUAUUUCCCCAUAAUAAGGAAAAAUAGAUGGAGCAAUGUGACUAUAUUUGUCUUAUAAAAGUGGUAUUUUUACAAUAGAAGAAUUUCCAAAUGCAUAAAAUGGCAUUUAAUACAAAGUCAUACAUCACUGGCAGUAUCUCGAUUGUCUAAAUAUAGCCCUCAUAAUGCCUAUCUGGUGUCCACAGCUGUUUUUGCUCGCUCUCUCUUUUUAAUCAAGCAUGGCUAUAAGAGGGUGUGUGUGCGUGAGUACUUUGUGUAACGGCAGCAGCCGCCGAAAAAUGGUCAGACGUAUGUUUUACAAACUCCUAAUACUCUGGUCACUCAGUCAUGACCUUUACAUCACUGGGCUGCACCAUCAUGAUCUCAAGGAGCAGUCCUGGCACAACCACAGCCUUUAUUCCAUCCCUGUGGAUUUGGAUAUAAGGCUCAGAAGACUAGACCUGUCCAAUAACUUCAUCAGACAGUUGCACACACUUGGUUUGCCAUAUUUGGAGCAGCUGGACUUGAGUUGCAACCACCUGGAUCUCAUCUCCGAAAAAGCUUUAGAAAACCUGGUUCAGCUUGAGGAGUUGAAUUUGUCCAGAAAUGCAUUAAACAACAACCUUGGCAGCAACAGCAAAGCUCUCCAGUCCAUCAGUCGAUUGAAGACAUUAGACAUAUCAAUGAACUCUUUGAACGAUGACGCGGCCGAACUGUAUCUUCAAAACAAAUCUUCUCUUGAUCAACUCAAGAUGACUGGUAACACUUUAAAAAGACUUACUCCCAGACUGUUUCAAGAAAGCAGGAGUUUGAGGGCCAUCACUCUUGACGAAAACAUGAUUAGAGUUAUUGAAGAGGGUACGUUCGAACUAUUAAGUCGACUCGAGAUGCUCAAUUUGGCCAAAAAUAAUCUUGCUCACAUCUGUGAUUUUAGAUUAUAUCAAGUCAAAUAUCUUAACCUCAGUCGAAAUUCAGUGGAAUUCUUUGUUACACAUCAGGACGACAAUUCAUACAGACUAGAAAUUCUUGAUCUGAGUUUCAACAAGCUCCUUUAUUUCCCAGUUGUUCCAAAGCAGAACCGUUUGAGGUAUCUUUAUUUACAGAAUAAUAUGGUUGGCACCUUGAGUUCAGAGGCUACAAUGGUGGCCCAGGUUAAUUCUCUUUAUAAUGAGAUCACAAGUGUCGCUACAGGUGAAAAUAAGAUUCAUUCCAACUGGAAGCUGAUGCCAGUGGUUUACAUUGACCUGAGCUACAACCAGUUCACCACUUUCCCAAUGGAGACUUUAAGCUUCCUCUCAUCUUUAGAAACUUUGAACAUUGGUUACAACUGCAUCCAAAAUAUCUUCUGGAACAUGACAUAUGACACUCAGUUUGGAUACAGUCAGCCCUUCUUAAUUUCCUUAAAGCAUCUUGACCUGCAAAGCAACAGACUAGGAUAUAUUUCCCCGAUCUUUCUGAAACGUCUUGUACAGCUUGAAACUUUAAACCUACAGGGCAAUUCUGUGAAACCUUGUGCCCCCAUGGAUCAUCUCCAGACCUCUCAAGCAACAAUGCAUACCGAAAAUCCAAAUAUGUCCUGUGUUGACUUUGGAGUUGCAACCACUCUUAAACAUCUCAGCCUUCAAGAAAAUAACAUAAACACCCUUAAACCAAAUAUAUUUAAGAAGACAGAGCUGGUUUCUCUCAACCUUGCGAGAAACAUAGAUAUGGUAAUGCAUGAAGGUGCACUAGAAGGUGCACAGAGGUCUCUUCAGUCCCUGAUUAUUAGUGAAAACAACAUGAGCAGCUCUGAUCUUUGCCUACCCUGCAUGCCGGCGUUAACACAUCUCAACAUGUCGACUAACCAUCUUGAUAUUAUACCCACUAAUUUAAGCUGCUCUCCUCUGAGAGAAAUUGACAUAAGAAAUAACGCAUUUGUGUCUCUAAACCAUUCUUUGAUCCGCGCUUUAGCCAGGCACCUCAAUAUGAUGUAUAUUAGUGGGAAUUAUUUUAACUGUUGUGACAGUAAAUGGCUGGUAAUAAUAAAUGAACUGAAGACUAAACUGCCUGACAUCGGUCAAGCUGAAUGCUUUAUAGAUAAUCACCAUGUCGUGAUGACGGAGUUUUUGAAAAGUCCUUCUCUGUAUUGUUUGUGUCAUACAAAUGUACAGGACAUAAACUUCGGACAAAUGAUCAUAAUUGUUUUAUCUGUACUUGUAACAGCAACAACAGUCAUUUUCACCAGGAAUGUGUAUUGUAAGCAAACAUCAUUCCUAGUUUGACUUAAAAUCAGUGGUAGGCACAGCUAA